GCAUCAGCCUCUCAGAGACAUGACACAGCAAUCGUUGCCUCUAGGAGGAGAGCAGGAUUCGGCGCAGUCAGAAGAACAUGAUGCGCUCGAGAAGGUAAAUCAUAUCGGAGACAGCUUAAACGAGUUCAACAGCCUUCCCGAGCGAUCUUACUACUUCGGACACCACACCCAAUCAAUCCGAAGAAUCUAAAGUCGUUCGAAUCCUUGAUACGCGAUUGUUUCCUUGGGUUCUUCUCACUACCUUUGUGCUAAAUAUGGACCGGACGAACUUGUCCAAUGCGGUUUCGGACAAUUUGCCCGAAGACUUGGGGUUUACGACGGAUACUGUGAACCUUGGGACGGCAAUCUAUUCGUUCCUAUUUAGUCUUGCGUGUUUGGGUGGAGCGGUGGCGUGUAAGAUCGUUCAUCCUUCAAGAUGGAUCCCGCUUUCGAUGUUCUGCUGGGGCCUCGUGACUAUGUCGCAUGCAUUGAUUAAGGAUAAAGGUGGAUACUUGGCCGUUCGUUGCAUGAUAGCCGUUACCGAGGGUGGCGUUAUUCCCGCUACACUCAUCUACCUGGGCUCUUUCUAUCGAAGUACUGAGCUUGCUACACGACUUGCAUGGUUCUGGGGUGUUCAGACUAUCGCUAGUGCUGUCAGUGGGCUUAUGGCUAGUGGACUGUUACAAUUACGGGGCGUGUCGGGGUUGGAAGGUUGGAAGUGGCUUUUCCUUGUCGAUGGCAUUAUUACGGUGGUUGUUGCAAUCCUGACUUGGUUCUACCUUCCACGAAACACGACGCUCACCAAAGGCGGUAUUCGUGGAUGGAAACCCUGGUUUGAUGAACGACAGGUACGAAUUACGGUUACACGAAUUGUGCGGGAUGAUCCUUCGAAGCGACUUUACGAGCAACGCGUGCACUGGGCCGAUGUCAAAGACACUGCAACUGAUCUUGGUCUAUGGGGACAUCUCAUCAUUACUGCUGUCGGGCUUACACCUACGAAUCCUUUGAACGUAUACCUUCCGUCUGUAAUCAAAACGUUCGACUUCUCUGUCUUUGCAGCCAACGCUUUAACGGCGCCACCGUACAUUUUGCAGUGUUGUACCAUGGUUCUGUGCAUCUGGCAUUCAGAUAGAAUCCGAGAGAGGGGAUUUCAUGGUGCCUUCGGAGCAACCUGGCAACUUGUUGGAUGGAUCCUACUCCGCUGUUUACCGUCUGAUACGAGUAAAGGGGUCAAAUACUUUGCUGCACUCCUCGUUGCAUGCUGGCCAAGUACACAUCCUUUGAAUAUAGCAUGGAUGACAGAAAACACAGGGAGCAUCGGCAAACGAACUCUGGCUUCUGGCUGUGUCAUUUUCGCAGCCAACAUCUACGGGGUAUGGGGAUCGCAAAUCUACCGAGCCAAAGACGCUCCAGAUUAUCAUACAGGAAAUAUUAUCAACAUCGUCUUUGCUGCUACUGCGGUAUGUUUGUGGUUCAUUCAAAAAUCCUACUAUAGGUAUAGGAAUGCUAAGAAUGAGCGUAUUCGGGCAAAGCUUAGUGAGGCCGGAAGGAAGAGAGCAGAGAUGGCUGCGGAGGUGGAGGGGAAUAAGAGCGUUUUGUUCAGAUUUACGACGUGACAACCUCAUUAGGUUUUUGCGAGCGCUGAAUGCCCUCUGCCGUGCACUUUAUUUUACAGAGUAUGCUUCGGAAUAUGCAUCACGUUCCUCAAUGACUGCAAGUAAGCAUUUUGUAUACUGUAGACAGUAAGUGAAUUGCAGCAUCA